CAAUUACAUCUGUCUUUCUUUGAGGUUUGACGCAAUAUAGUAGCCUCUAAGGGUUGGAAGAAAACAACUCUAGACGGCGAAACCAUCAGUGAUGGCCUCAAUAAUGCUGAAAGUAUUGUUUCCGGUGGCAGUUUGCCUUAUGUUUCUUACAAUAGCAGAGGCUAAUGUUGGUGAUCAACAUAAGCCUUUUCCUCCCAAGCAUUUUCCCAAGCCACCAGUAGUAAAUCCUGGUCCUAAAAGACCACCACCUCCUCCACCACCAAGAAUGUUUCCACCAGGAAAAUCACCAUCACCUUCUCCUCCACCUAAUCCAAUAUCACCACCAAUUUCACCUGCAAACCCACCAUCACCUUCAUCCCCACCAUCUACCACACUCUUUCCUCCAACACCCUCACCAUUGUCUUCCCCUUCACUCUCACCUUCACCGGUGCCUUCAUCCCACUCUUCACCUGGAGAGAUUCCUGCAUCAUCUCCUUCACCUUUCUUAGAACCCUCACCAUCCCCUUCACCUUUGCUUCCACCAUUUUCUCCGGUACCUGCACCACCACCUACACCAUCAUCUACACCUUCUCCUUCAUUUGGCUCACCUACACCGACUCCUUCAUCUGCCCCAGUACCCUCGCUACCACCUACACCAUUAUCUGGACCUUCUCCUUCACUUGGCUCACCUUCACCCACACCGACUCAUUCAAUUGCUCCGGUACCUUCAUCACCAUUUUCACCAUCAUCUGCACCUUCCAUUUCACUUGAUUCAUCUUCACCUACGCCCACUCCUCCACUUGCUCCAUCUCCCUCAUCACCACUUACACCAUCAUCUGCACCUUCUCCUUCACUUAGCCCAUCUUCACCUACAUCGAAUCCUUCACUUACUCCAUCAUCUUCACCAUCCCCUUCACCUCUGUUUCCUUCAUUUUCUCCAAUACCCUCACCACAACCAACACCAUCAUCCGCACCAUCUCCUGCAGUUAGCCCAUCUCCAAGAAGAUGAUCCUUACCUCCACCUCAUCACACACACUACUAAACAUGUUCUUUAGACAUCAAUGCUUGUUAUAUCAGUAAUAAAUUUGCUAAAUAUGUCCCUUCUACAUAUUUGCAACACAAAUAAAAGCUAUACGAUGCAUAAGUAAAAUAAAGGAGCUUAGUUAUCUCUUCUAUACUUUCCAAUUAUAGUAAUUUUACAUACGUGAGAGGUGAGCUUUGUUCCCGGUUGCAGCAAUAAAAUCAGAUGGAGAAAUCAAGAUGCAUUAAUGCAUGAAGCAUGUUAAAGUGAUACAUCACAUCCUUUCUUACAAUUAAUGUUUGUAUGUGAGUCACGAGCUCUAGAAAUGUACGGAUGCUUCUGAUAAUGUAUUAUAUUUUCUUUUUUUCUUAAUAAAAU